UUUUGAUGUAAGAUGGCAUCAGCAAGCAGUUAUUUAUUUACUUUUUUGAAGGGAAAUAAGAUUGUCUUGCAAGUCAAUUGAAUUGGAAGUUUACCAAUAGAAAAUCACAACUCAUUUCCUCAUGUUCCAAUAUUCAACACCCACCGAAAACUCCGACCUUGAAAAAUGAAUCGAUAUGGUGUUAUGUUACAUGGAAAUGACGAAGUUCACCCGCGUUUAUUUAGGUUAACUGAAUCGCAUUUCAGAUUAUUUAUAAACUAUGGGAUGGGGUUUAGUAAUAGGCAACCAAUAUAGAUUUUGUGAAGGUGUUGGGAAUAUUGAAGAACGAAAUGGCGCUUUCAAGAGCAUUUGGUUUUUCCAAGCCUCGCCCGCCUUCCAUGGACAUGAUCGAACGUAAUCUUUAUCUCUGUGGUAUAGAUGAAGUUACUGAUAUCGAAGUAUUGAAACAGCAUGAAAUAACACACAUACUGACCAUAAAUGAUAUUCCCCUGCCAGGAUUCGUGAAAAGGGCCUGUCCCUACAUGAAGAUGAAGUUUAUCAUGGCAGAAGACGCACCUCAUUCGGACCUUCUCUCGUAUUUUGAUGAAACAUAUGAAUUUAUCAAGGACGGUUUGUCUCGGGGCGCAGUGGUGGUGCACUGUGUGAUGGGGGUUUCGAGAAGUGCUACUAUAGUUAUCGCAUAUCUCAUGAAGAAGUACAAAUUGAGCUACAGGAAAGCAUCAGCUAUGGUAAGAUCAAAACGACCUGUUUGUCCCAAUACUGGAUUCGUUAAACAGUUGGAAAACUAUGAGCAAUUGGGGUAUAAUACACUCUAUAGGUUUUCUAGAAGGUAUUGAUAAUGAAGUGAAUAAAGAGCAGCUAUUUGUUGAA